AACGUAAUGACCGAAGCUAUUCCUGCAUUCGUAUUCCAUCUUUCCAUCUUUCCAUCUUUCCACCUUAACUACCUAGGUACCUAAGUUACCUAAAUUAUCCUAUCUUUUCAAAUUGCAAGGAAAUGUGAGAACAGAAAUGCCAUCUCCGCAGUCGGGCGCGGGAGAACUUCCUCCCCGCAGACGUCGAGCACAUACCAAGUCGCGACGGGGCUGUCGGAACUGCAAGCUUCGUCGAGUCAAAUGUGAUGAAGGCGAACCCAGUUGCCAGAAAUGUCUCCUCUUCAGAGUGGCCUGCAAUUACAAUGCACCUGAUGUUCCGGACUUACAACUAGCAUCGCACGAGAGACCUGGCAGUACCUCUCCACAGACCAAUUAUGGCCAGAUUGUGUUUGACAUGAAACCCAAUCUCACACUGCUUCGUCCAGUGGUUACUAUUGGGAAUAAACAUAGCUCUUUCAAUUUGGACUUGGAGAGUAUUGCUCGUCUGGACAAAUUCAGACAUCGUACCGCAUUCACCUUUGCAACCGCGAUCAAUCUCGAAUCAUAUCAGAAUGAUGUGGUGCAGCUUGCGAUAGAAAACCCGUUCUUGAUGCAUGCAAUUUUAACCGUCACAGCUACGCAUGAUCGUCAUUUGUCCAUGUCCCCAGACAAUACAAGACGAUCCCUCACAGAGGCUUAUCAUUGGUCACGCUGUGCUGCGUUGCUCAAUGAGAAACUAUCGGCUCCAAUCAAACCACAGGACCGUGAUCCUCUGUGGGCUGCGGCCGCUAUGCUGGGUAUACUUGAUAUCUCUUCUAUCGAGGCAUCAUCUCCAGAGGAAGCGUGGCCGCUCAAAUCCUCUGAUCCAUCCGAUCUGAACUGGCUAUCAUUUGCACAGGGGAAACAUGCAGUCUGGAAAGCGACCAAUCCACUGCGGGCGGAUAGUCUUUUCAGUAAAAUGGCGGACGAAUAUCGAAUACUCAUGACCAAGCCACCGCCGUGUGAGAUAAAGGAUAUUCCUCCGGAGUUUGUCCGCUUAUGUCACCUGGACCAAUCAGUGCCACUUCAUCAGAAUCCGUAUUACUCCGCUGUCUCCAUCGUGGCUCGACUUUGGGAUGUCCCAUGCACCCAGGCGUCCAUGAUCCAGUAUCUCAAAUUCUUGGGGUUCAUGGAACCGGCCUUUAAAUCCUUUUUACACGGUAAGGAUCCGCGUGCGCUGUUAAUUACUGCGUUUUGGUACGGACCCAUGUGUGACUCCCUUUGGUGGAUUGCGCGACGGGCUCGGUUGGAAUGCCAAGCGAUCUGUUUGUAUUUGGAGAGGUAUCACGCCGAGGAGACAGAGAUCCAGCGAAUGCUAGAACGACCGAAAAGGCAGUGCGGGUUGGCAAGGUAAACAAUACUCACUCAACGCCUCCCCAGACCAUCGAGGUCAGUAUAUGUGAGAAGCGUGUCCCGCGGCGCUGGCAUAGUUUAUAUACUACCACUCUCGUAAAUAUACUACCUAUAGCUGGGUCUUGGCACCGUAUUAAUGAACUGCUGAAUUACUGCG